CAUUGAAAUAAUUCAUUGGGGUUUUCUGCAUGAUUUAAUCUAUACGGUAUCGGUUUGAUCUCGGUCCAUUUUAUUUUUUAUCUUUUUCUCUCCUGAUCUGUACAGACGAGGAUCAUUUCCAAUAAGUUGUCUGUUAUAUUUCGCCAUAUAUAUAUAAAGGAUCAACCGAGAAGAUCCAACACCUUGCUCGGAGACGGACAGAUAAUAAAUAGCCUAGUCAAACUUUUCAUGACAUAUAUGGCCAAGAUCCAACAAUAUAUAUAAACAAGCACAAGAAAUGGCACCACCAAAGUCAAACAGCAGCCGAAAACACGCCAAGGACGAUGGCAAGAGAUCAGAGAAGAAACCUCUUCCUCGCCGCCAAGUUCAAGGCCAAAAUCGACCACAGAGACAGCAAAAUGACACCGGUGCUGAAAGUCAAACGGAAAAUCAGAUUGACAUAUCUGAUUCAAUUCCGAUAGCUCUUCAACAGCUUCUCUUGAAUGUAUUCAAGUCUGCUUUGCUCUCAUCGCCAAAUUUAUCCUCAGAAUCCCAAGAUCCAGCUACAGAGGAGCCCCUAGAUAUUAAAGCCUUGAUCCAGACCAUCAAGGGGCACCUGUAUAAUCGGGACUUUGAUUCUGCCUUUGCGGAUGCUGAUGAAGGGUUGCUCAGGGCCUAUGCCUUGAGAUGGAGUGCAGCGAGGGCGUUGGGCUACGCGGGGUUGUUUAAGUCCAUGUUCAGGGUAUUGAUGGAGAAAGAAGCUAGGAAUUCUGGUAAGGGCUCUGCGCUUCAACCAACGCACGUGGUUUGUAUCGGUGGUGGUGCAGGUGCCGAGCUUGUUGCGCUUUCAGCUGCGUGGAGGGAUUUGAUGGACGAGGGUACUAUACCUGGGUCCCAGAAGGGACUAUCAGAUGCACUUGAAGCCGUGUCUCUAAGUGACGGGCAGGACGACCAAGGGGAUGAGUCCACAGGAAAGCCUGAACAAUCACAAACACCCUCUCCCUCGUCUUCCAGUCUCUCAAUAACAGCCGUCGACAUCGCCGACUGGUCUGCCGUCGUGAGACGCCUAUCCUCCACCAUCCUAUCACCCUCGGUUCCAAGCUCAAAGUCAUAUCCGUCCCCUCUUUUUGCAAACGUCCAACAACAGGAUACGACUACCGACGCUAAACUCAAUGUCGACUUCAAACGCCUCGACGUAUUAUCAUUAUCGGACGCAGAGUUAGCCUCGCUAUUCCACACCACUCAACAAUUUUCAUCGACCCGCACCAACAUGGUCACCCUAAUGUUCACGCUAAACGAACUCUUUUCUACAUCCAUGCCCAAGGCAACAGCAUUCCUGCUCAAAAUCACUGACCUCCUGCAGCCGGGAACGCUCCUGUUAGUUGUCGAUAGCCCUGGCAGUUACUCGACUCUGAAGCUCAGUAAGGGAGGCAGCGCAGGAGCGCAGGAGCGGCAAUAUCCAAUGAAGUUCUUGCUUGAUCAUGCGCUGCUUUCGGUUGCGAAGGGGAGCUGGGAAAGGGUUUACUCGCAGGAUUCAAGAUGGUGGAGGAGGGAUGCGGCUAGGUUGUGGUAUGAUGUUGGAGAGGGUGCUGGGUUGGAGGAUAUGAGGUUCCAGGUCCAUGUUUAUCGGAGGCUGUGAUGGUAUAUACAUAUAUAUAUGAUAAAAAACGAGGCCUGGGUCUAUUUACUAUGAAAGUGAUAUCUACCGGCCCACAAUCUUUUCCAAGUACAGUAUAUCCCCAGCUCCCACGCUGCUAUUCUCAACCUCCUCAUCCCAAGGCAAAACAUGUACCCAUACCUCCUCCGCGGUCGGCUUGUCGUCAGCCCUUUGCAACACGUCCCAUCCCCCCUUGCCCUUCAACCCUGCAAUUCUCUCCCCCGAAGUAACAACCGCAAGCCUCUCCUGAUCCAGCGGAAACUCCUUCACAUCCACCUCAACCUGUUUCAUCGAGCGAUGCUCAACGAGCUC